AUGGCCACCCACAAAUCAUUGUCACCCAUUCGUCCCGCCCCAUCUGACAAUCGACAGCUAGCUUCUGCAGCCCAACAGUUGCAAACCAUGCAAUUGGAAGAUAGGACUACAGCACCAUCACCUCGUCAGCCCAUUACGAUCGAGUAUUGCAAGGACGGCAAGCUUUGUUACACGGAAUCGAAGUUGCUAGCCGAGAAUCAUCCUUUCAUCCAUCAACGUAUUGCUGAAUUUCGUGUGCAUCGUCAACAAUUUGAAGCAACACAUGCAGCAUCCACUGUUACACCGACCUUUGAAUAUCCCAGGGAUUACAUUGAUCUCAUUAUUGCAUUGACCCAGGAUAGUGAGGAAUCCAUCAAUCAACUUUCACACCGCAUCAACGACGUCUUAUCACCCUUCUCAAGAAACGAGCGAUUCACAGAGCUAUUCACGGAGAGCAUUGAACGUGGAAUCAAGUCAUGUGCAAGCAGAGCAAAGUAUGGAUUGUCACCUCGCGUGCUGACACAAUUAGAAGGUGGCCCAACCAUGAUACCCCAUCACCUAUCCAUAUCGCGUUGGGAAGCAUCCGAUAUUUCAUGUCUCCCUCCAGAUCUUCAAGCAGUGAUCAACCAUCGGCGUCAUUUACGCUCACAGAUGAGCGAGGUAAUUACUGGUGCAUUUCAAAGCCUGUCAGCCGAGCAACAAUUGGCAUUACUGCACACAAAACACCGCAAGUCACAAGUUGUGGACGAUAUCAAGACGAAGGAAGAGAUCGAAUUGGAGAAUGAGCGCCGGCGAAAGAAGGAAGAGGAAAAGCGCAUCCGUGAAGAAGAAAAGAAGAAGCGUGAGGAGGAGAAGCGAGCACGUGAAGAAGAAAGGAAAAAGCGUGAAGAUGAAAGACGGCGUCGUGAAGAAGAAAAGAAGAGAAAGGAACAGUCUCAAUUACGGCUCACAUCUUUAUUUACCAAAGCACCUGAAGACAAAUUGCACACCAAUGCUACUCUUGGCGCUGAACUUACCAAGACCAAUCCAAGCAUGUUUCCACCAUUUUACGUCAAAGAGCAUGUGUCAAUUCAUCGAUGGCCGGGUCAAAAUGUUCACUCUCCCGAUUUCUAUGCGCAAUUAACAGCUUACAGCACCAAUGAAACUACACCUGUGCCAGUAUCAAAGGAUCUCCAACAACAAUUCCUGCAUGAUUUGCGAUCUCGAGUACCCAAGGAAAUGCAAAAGCGUGGUAUCACCAAAAGCAUCGAUUUACGCAGCGCUUUACUUGGCCCCAAUAUUUCAGAGGAUGCCUUCAGUCAUCAAGCAUUACGUAUGAAGCUACUUCAAUUUUGCGAGGAUGUCAGGCCGGCAUAUUAUGGCACAUGGACAAAGAAGAGCAAUGCUGUUACUGCCUGCAAUCCAUUUGGACAGGAUCAUGAUCAUAUCGAUUACGAGCAUGACAGUGAAGCCGAAUGGGAACCAGAGGGUGAAGGCGAAGAAAUUCAAAGCGGCGAUGAAGAGGACGAGGAUGUUUCAGCUGAUGUUAUGGAUCCAGAUGACUCCAACUGGCUUGUCCCUGAAGGCUACCUAUCGGAGGGUGAAGGUGUUGAUAGCGAUGAUGAGCUCUCUGGAAAGGUUUCUAGUAGGCCUAUUGUACGACCAGCAAAGAAGUAUACUGCCAUUCGCCCUGUUGCCAUUGGACCGAUAUUUGACGAUAGUGAUGAUAGCGAAGAUGACACUUUGAAGCAGUAUGAAAUUCGAAUGCUGGGAGACGUCUCAACGCCUUACAACCCGCUAUUACUAUCAGAAGACAUGGAUAUUACCUCUACACCAGGGAAUAGUGACGAAUCGACCAAGAAAGCAAAGUUUACAGAGGAACAAGCAACCGAGCUUAUGCAGAUUAUUGAAGUUGGAAAGAAUGAUGGCAUGACCAAGCUGAUAUCAGAAGCCAAAUCAAACAAGUUACUGCAAAGCUUACCAAAGCGUCAAAUUGAAAUGAAGAUCAAGGAUAUGGCUAUCAAAGAAAAGAGAGGAUCGGAUACAAAACCAUCCUGGUAUAUGAAGGGAUCCAAUGCAUGA